GUCUGGCCUGCUGAGUAAGAAAAUCAGACUUAAAGAUGGCCAGGCAAGAGUUGUACUUUUUUCGCCUGAAAGCUGCUGAUGCCGCUUUAAUGAUUGCCAUUUUUGAAGUGAUUUCAACCAUGCAGCUUUACUUCAGCUGGGGCUUCAUUGUUGGAAUGGUUUCAGCUAAUUCAGAUCAAACGGAAAACAACUUUAUUGUCAUCACUGAAGGUCUCGCGGUGAUCUUUUCCGCUUUGCUACUCUUUCCAGUUCUGCUACUCGUUGGCAUUCUGAAGCGCAAACGUUGCCUGAUGGUGCCCUGGUUGGUGGUCGGUUGGAUCAAAGCCUGCUCGUGCUUUGUGAUCUUCAUCCCUAUCGCCUUCAUGCCAAACAACACCACCCUUCGAGUGUUUUACACGCUGUCAGCCAUCUUCUCUUACUGCGUGUCCACCUACUCCCUGUUCCCUGUCUGCUCUUGCUUCAAGCAAAUGAAGUACCAGAGUUUGGUCGCGGAAGCCGAUGUCGUAGGUCUGCAGCAGCGUGGCGUCAAUGAAAUGUGGAGCAGGACUGCUUCCAUUGCAAUGCUGGUCGAAGAGGACGGGAAAAGCGACGAGCAGUUCUCCAAAACCGGCCAAAAUGUGUGAAUCACGUGCGAGAGAAAGAGGAAAAUUG